ACUUUGAUUGUAUGGUUGCUGUUGAUUUUAUUAUAUUAAUUUUUAUUGCUGUUUUUUCUCAGGGAAAACAACCAUAUUAUCUAUUCUGAUAUUCCCCUUUUAAUUGUGCCUAUUAGAAGUUGACAUGAGACGGGAAAUGGAAAGGAAAGAGCAAGAAAGGAAAAAAAGUCAGAUGCUAGAGUUCACUCCUGGAGGAGUACAGCUGGGGAAUGUCCUCCCUACAUCAAAAAUCAACAUACCAACUCCAGUAAAUGUACCAUCUACUACUUCAGACGGGGCUCGGGAUAGUAGACAGAAAAAAAAGUCGAAAUGGGACAAGGUGGAUAUUGACCAAAAGAGUUUGUUUACUGUCGGAGGGCAAGAAAAUCUUUCUGCUGUUGGUGCUCAUGCAGCUCUCCUAUCUGCUGCUAAAGCUGGUAGUGGAUACUCAGCAUUCGUGCAACAAAGAAGGAAGGAGGCAGAAGAUAGACGAUCCAGUGAUAGAAAAUCGGACAGAAGAUAAUGAAGC